UACAGGAGAUGACCAGAGACUGCGGACACAGUACAGGAGAUGACCAGAGACUGCGGACACAGUAACAGGGAUGACCAGAGACUGCGGACACAGUUACAGGGAUGACCAGAACUGCGGACACAGUACAGGAGAUGACCAGAGACUGCGGACACAGUACAGGAGAUGACCAGAGACUGGGGACACAGCACAGGGAUGACCAGAGACUGGGGACACAGCACAGGGAUGACCAGAGACUGGGGACACAGCACAGGGAUGACCAGAGACUGGGGACACAGCACAGGAUGACCAGAGACUGGGGACACAGCACA